AUGAUUAGAGAUGAUUUGAUAAUUUCCGACCCAAUACGAAAGGUAAUAAGGCAGAACCCUCAAUAAAAUAGUGAACCAGAUAUGGAAGAAACUAAAGAAGGUGGCGAUACAAAUUCUUCUUAAUCUGAACAAGAAAUGAGUGAAUACGAAUAAAGUCUAAUCCAUGACUCAUUGAUAUCCUCUUUAACUCCAAGUUAUUUGCUAAUGAGUAGUUACAAUUCAUAUAUAUCGCGAUUCGAAUAAAUAACCAGUAGUUCAGGCUCAGAUUCUUCAAGCUCAAGUUCAAGUUCGAGUUCAAAUUAGACAUCUGAGAGCGAGGAUGAAGAUGAGGAAAGGAAAGAAAAUUUAUCUGUAUCAAUUUCUGAAUGA